AUGUCGGCCUCCCUUGCUAUAAAUCGUAUCAAAAGAGAGCUUCUUGAGCUUAACACCAAUAAAAUUAAUGAUAAUCCUAUUGAGGUUCACACACAUAGAGGUAAUCUACUGCGUUUGCGUGGCGUGAUACAUGGACCACCAGAUUCUCCUUACGCCGGAGCAAAAUUUGAAUUGGAAAUAAAUAUUCCUGAUAAUUAUCCUUUCAUGCCUCCAAAGGUUAAAUUUUUGACAAGAGUAUGGCAUCCAAAUAUCAGCAGCUCAACAGGAGUUAUUUGUUUGGAUAUUCUCAAAGACCAGUGGGCCGCAGCAAUGUCUCUUCGAACGAUGUUGCUCUCUAUCCAGGCUCUUUUAGAUAGCCCAGAACCGGAUGAUCCACAAGAUGCUGUUGUUGCUUUGCAGUUCAAAUCACAUCCUGAUAUUUUCAACAUCACUGCAAAACACUGGGCCUCUAUCUACGCACAUGGCCCCAACCGACAACCAGACUGUGACGCAAAAAUUGAGAAACUAAAACAAAUGGGCUUCACUGAGGUUAUUUUCAUUUGUUCAGUUCAUUUUUACGUUUGA